CUUUCGUGCUCGCCAAACAUCACCAAGUAAGAUGGCAAUUCGUUUCAUGACAAAUAAAGCUUUUGAUGUUUUCAUUAAUCAUAGAGGCAUUGACACCAAGAGAACUAUAGCAACCUUACUCUACGAUCACCUUUCACGACUAAACCUACAACCUUUCUUGGACAACAAGAAUAUGAAACCAGGAGAUAAGUUGUUCGACAACAUCGAUAACGCGAUAAGGAAUUGUAAGGUUGGUGUUACUGUUUUCUCACCAAAUUAUUGCCAGUCCUACUUCUGCCUUCAUGAAUUAGCUCUUAUUAUGGAGUCUAAGAAGAAGGUCAUUCCCAUCUUUUGCGACAUUAAACCUUCACAACUUCGUGUUGAGAACAAUAAAGUUCCAGCGAAGGAUUUCCAAAGGUUCAAAUUAGCUCUUGAGCAAGCAAAAUAUACCGUAGGGCUUACGUUCGACUCUUUAAAAGGAAAUUGGUCGGAUGUGGUGACAAGUGCUUCAGAAAUUGUGAUCGAAAGCUUGAUUGAGAUGGAAAGUGAGGAGCAGAUGUUUAAGAGAUUGGAUUGA